CCCUACUACGCCACAGCGCUGGCACCUCUGAUCCAUUCUUGGACCUCAUGGCUUUCAGGAUCAUCCAUGGUAGUCAUCACUAGAGCUUGCUGUUUUAUAAAUAAAAUUCAAAAUCUUUUCUCUGUAAAAUAGAAAAAUGCCUUAACCGAGAAGCAUUAAGACUGCAUACAAGCUGAAUUCCAGUAGAUACGAGUGUUCUCUCUGUGAAAUUUUCCUCAGUGCACUGCUGUUCCAUACAGAGGAAGGAAAAUGAGGAGAUGUGGUGGCUCAGCUGCUGUCUGGACAUGGGCAUCCCAUGUGGGAGCAUUGGCCCAAGACCCAGAUUUACUUUAUUUGAAAGAGAGAGAGGCAGAGAGAGAGAAAAGUCUUCCAUCCGCUGGUUCACUCCCCAAAUGGCCACAACGGCUUAGCUGAGCCAAUCUGAAUCAGGAGCCAGGAGCUUCCUCCAUGUCUCUGGCAUGGAUGCAGGGGCCUAAGGACGUGGACCAUCUUCCUCUGCUUUCCCAGGCACAUUAGCAGGAGCAGGAUGGGAAGUGGAGCAGCCCAUGUUAGUUUCCAUACCAGGAAGUCAGUUUCCGAAGCCUGGUCCUGGUAGACUGGGAAACGCUGCUGCACGUGCGCCAUCUGCUGGGACCUCUGUUUCUCUGAAGCAGCAGUUGUUCAAGUGUGCCCCACUGGUCCCUGGGGUUGGGGUGGGUCCCUGAGACCCUGUCCAUCAUAUCAAAACUGUGGUCCCAAUAACUUUGUAUUGUUUACUCUGUUAUUUUCUCUGACUUUGUAAAAAGCUGCUGGGAUCUUUGGACAAACUGUCCUAAAAAGCCAGCCACUCCAGAACCAGUUUUACCAAUUCUGGUCUCAUUCCCUUGAAUUCACAAGGAAUUCCACUUUACUUGAGACAGUAACUAACACUCGGUGAUAAGUCAAGCAGGUAUGUAGCAGACAUGGUGUGGACACUGUCAUUGGCCGUGCUUGUUGGCAGUGAUCAGAUUCGAGCUUUCAAGCAACAAUUCUAAUUUUGGACAACCUGCUGCACCCUCUACCGUGUAUCAGAAAACUUCCAUAAGAGUUUUCUAUCAGGAUCAGCACCAUAACUGAAUGUGAAUAGAAGACAGAAUAAUGGCCCCUAAAGAUGCCUCUACAGAGUUCCCCAGAACCUGUGAAAGAACUCCUGCAGGUGUGGUUAAAUGAGGGUUUUAAAACAGGGGGAUUGCCGGCGCCGUGGCUCAAUAGGCUAAUCCUCCACCUUGCGGCGCCGGCACACCGGGUUCUAGUCCCGGUUGGGGCGCCGGAUUCUGUCCCGGUUGCCCCUCUUCCAGGCCAGCUCUCUGCUAUGGCCAGGGAGUGCAGUGGAGGAUGGCCCAGGUGCUUGGGCCCUGCACCCCAUGGGAGACCAGGAAAAGGCACCUGGCUCCUGGCUCCUGCCAGGAUCAGCGCGGUGCGCCGGCUGCAGCGGCGGCCAUUGGAGGGUGAACCAACGGCAAAAGGAAGACCUUUCUCUCUCUGUCUCUCUCUCUCACUGUCCACUCUGCCUGUCAAAAAAAAAAAAAAAAAAAAAAAAAAAAAAAAAAAAAAAAAAACAGGGGGAUUAUCCUGGAUUAUCUGGGUGGGCCUGACGGCCAGCAGGCGGUCAGAAGAGAGAGAUGUUCCACCUCUGGCUUUAGAGAUGAGAAGGGCUGGGAACCCAGGAACUGAUUUUGGAUUCCUUCCUCCCUUCCUCCCUCCCUCUACCUCUCUACCUCUCUACCUCUCUAUCUCCCUCCCUCCCUCUAUCUCUCUAUCUCUCUACCUCUCUAUCUAUCUCUCUACCUCCCUCCCUCCCUCCCUCUAUCUCUCUCUUUCUUUCCUCCCUCCCUCCUUUCUUUUCUUUUCUUAGAUUUAUUUAUUUACUUGAAAGUCAGAGUUACACACAGAGAGGAGAGGCAGAGAGAGAGAGAGAGAGAGGUCUUCCAUCUGCUGGUUCACCCUCUAAUUGGCCACAAUGGCUGGAGCUGCGCCGAUCCGGAGCCAGGAGCUUCUUCUGGGUCUCCCACAUGGAUGCAGGGACCUGGCCCAUCCUCCACCACUUUCCCAGCCCAUAGCAGAGAGCCGGAUCAGAAGUAGAGCAGCCAGGACUUGAGCUGGCACCCACAUGGGAUGCUGGCACUGCAGGCCAGGGCAUUAACCUGGUGCGCCACAGCGCCGGCCCUGGGUUUCUUUAUUAUUUUUAAUUAGUCAUCUGGAACCUUAGCAACAGAAAGGAAAGAAGAGACAGUGCAUGAGAAGGAUCUUUGAUCUCCUGGUUCACUCCCCAAAUGCCAGCAACAGCCAGGGCCAGGCCAGAUGGAAACCAGGAGCCAGGAACUCCCAACUAGAUCUCCCAGUGGGUGACAGGGGCCCAGGGACUUGGGCCAUCUUCUGCUGCCUAGGUCACAUUAGCAGGCAGCUGGGUUAGAACAGCCAGGACUCAGACCUGCCCUCCAGUGGGAUGCCAGUGUUGCAAGCAGCAGCUAGCCCACUGGGUUUGCAAUGAAAACGAAGUUUAUGAGGAAUCACUUAUCUUGGAAAGUCCUGGCAGGUGACAGUUUCACCUCCCCCUCCGCAAUGACCCGUGGCAGGGGGAGGCUGCGGGGCUGGGAGCAUCCCCGCCCUCAGCCCUGAGGCACUAAUGCUGAGCAGACCUGGGACAGAGUCUUGAUGUGGGGCUUCAGGAAAUGGCCAGAGCUGGAGGAAAAGGGGACCCAGCACUAGAGAGACGCAGAGGCCUCUGGGGACGCCAAGGCAGGGGAAGCCCGAAGGGCUGGCCUGAGAUUUCCCUUGUUGAAAGCCCCCAUUCCCUAGGCCAAGGCCCCCUUAGGUGGCGCUCUCAUUUCCUGAGGGGUUUUUUCCCCUACCGGGCUCCUCUGGAGGCAUGGGGAGUUCCCACUCCCCAUUUCCGACAGGCCGGCCCUGUGGCUUGGUUUGCACGCACGGCCUGCAGGGGGCACCUUGAGGUCUCUGGUGUGGAAGUAAGGCUUGGGUCCCCGGAGCACUGUGCUGUGCUAGGCACCUGGUCUCAGCAGGGCAGGGCUUUUCAUUGUCUGCUCCUCUCUGCUCGGUGCUCAGAAAUCAAGCCCCGUGCACCUUGCUGUCCGUGAGGCCGUCUGCAGUGUGGGCCUUGGCCCAGCUGUGUCUCCCACUGGCCGUGUUCCUGGCGGGAAGCAUCUCCCAUCUCCCCCCUCCAGGUUCCUGUUUUUCCACCUAUGGAAUGGUGGGAUUUUUUUCCCUUGAGUGUUGCAUUUGAAACUCUUAUCCAAGGGAAACCUCCUUGGUGUUUGCCUGUGCUGGGAGUGCACCCUCCCCAGGUCAGCCUCUUGCCUUGGAAACGCAAGGCCAGCAUUUAGCCUGAACACUGACUCGGAGAUUGAACAUGGUCUACCCAGUCUAACCCAAACCGUUCGCUGGGCUCUCCAUGAUGGCUGAGGGCGCUAAGCCAGCCUGAGCUGUCACAACAGAGGAAGCUGGUCCUGUGCAUUGUGUCCACCCUGUUAGUGUUCGCUUCCAGUGCCACUGUUGAGCCCCGUAUGUGCCAGGCACUAUCCCAAUGCUUUAAACACGGGCGGUCAUUCCGUCCUGCCACAGCCCUCAGUCAUUGUCACCCCUGUCUGCAGAUAAGAAAGUGGAGGUUCUGGGGCCUACGCUGUGGUGCAGUAGGUUAAACCUCUGCCUGCAAUGCUGGCAUCCCCCGUGGGCACCGGAUCAUGUCCCGGCUGCUCCACUUCUGUCCAGCUCCCUGCUAAUGCACUCAAGAAAGCAGUGGACGGAGGCCCACGUGCUUGGGCCCCUGUACCCACGUGGGGAGACCCAGUUGGAUUUCUAGGUACCUGGCUUUUACCUGGCCCAGCCCUCUGGCUGUUAUGGCCAUUUGGGGGAGUGACAGCAGACAGAAGCUCGCUCGCAUUCUCUCUCUUUCCCUCUCUCGCUCUGUAACUCUGCCUUUCAAGUAAAAAAAAAAAAAAAAAAACCCCACUGUGAACUCAGCCUGCGCUCACAGGAAACCACAUGGCCUUCAAAGACUCCUGUCUGUCUCAGCACUUGCUGCUCCGGCAAGCCUGGCACUGCCUACCAGACCUUCCUCAGAGCCAGUUCCGAAGAGCAAGGUAGGUGGGGAGGGGGCCACCGCCAGGGCCCAGGCACCUGUGGACCGGAGGCGGCUCUCGGCGGCUGCACUCUGGGGCUCCAAGCCCCGUCCACACAGGUCUUCCCAGCCCUCCUCCGAGGGGCAGAAACACAUAAGGGACUUCAAAACGUUGGUGAAAAGUAGAAAUCAAAGUUUAUUUUGGUGCCAAAAAGCUUAAACUCCACACGUAGCUUUUCACGUAGCUUUUCCAUAAUGCGCAAUUUACUUAAACUUUUCAGCUCAGAUUGAUAGAUAUCAAUUUUUUUGGUACCAAAAUAAACCUUGAAUUCCAUUUUCAUGAACUUUUUUGUUGUUGUUUAAAGAGCUGAGGUUCCAAGAAGGUAGGGUAAAACUCGUUUUUUUGAUGCUGCUGUUGUUGAUUUUUAUUUAUUUGAAAGGCAGAGUGACAGAGAAAAGAGGGGGAGACACACACGCACACACGCACACGCCUGCGACAGCCAGGGCGAGACACACACACACACAUCUUCCAUCCUCUGGUUCACUCCCCAAAUGCCUGCAAUACCCGGGCCGGGCCAGGUUGAAGCCGGGAGCCUGGAAUGCCACGUGGAUCUCCCACAUGGGUGGCAGGGACACGAGUACUUGGGACUUAAUCUCAGGGAGUCGGAUGAGGGUGCCGGCUGAACCUGCUGUGCCGCAGCCCCUGCUGUCGCCUGCAUGAGGUGUCCUCUCUCCCUGCACGUGUGCGGCAUAAGUCCAGUGCGCCAAAUAAUGCACAGUUUUCCCCAGAAUCACGAACUUGGCAGGCAGGCAGGUUGGGUGCAGUGGGUUAAGCCGCAGCUUGGCAGGCCUGCGCCCUGUAUCAGAGUAUUUGGGAUUGAGUCCUGCCUCUGCCACCCAUCCAGCUUCCUGCUCAUGUCCCUGGGGAAAGCAGAUGGAGCCCCAGUGCUUGGGUUCCUAACACCCGUGUGGAAGACCCAGAAGUUCCUGCUUUCUGGGCGCACCCCUGGCUUCGUAGGCAUGUGGGGACUGACCCAGUGCGGGGGAGAUUCUCUCUCUCUCCUUCCAUCUCUCAUGUUCUUUCAGAUAAAAUAAAUAGACCUUUUAAAAAGGAAACUGGCAAACCAUUUAGAAAAACAGUUACAGACCUGAGGCAGUUGUUUGGUGCCACCUGGAUGCCCUCACGCCAUGUGGGAGUGCCUGGGUUCAGGUCCUGGCGCUGUUCCUGACUCCAGCUGCCUGCCGAGCGGAUGCUGGGAGGCAGUGGCUGAUGGCCCAGGUCACUGGGACCCAGCCCUCCACAGGCUUGCUAAGCCCAGCCCUGGCUGUCGGGGCAUUUGGGGAGAGACUCAGCAGCUGGGAGAUUCAUUCAUUCUCUCUCUCUCUCUCUCUCUCUCUCUCUCUCUCUCUCUGCCUUCCAAAUAAGAUGAGUUACUAAGGAUGAAAGUGCAGUAUUGUCUGCUUCUUGCUUCCGUCGCGACUCUCCGCUCAGGACAGCCUGCGGGAUGAUCCUGAACACUCCCUGGCUCUGUUCCCGUGUUUUCCUGGGAACUUCUGGCUCUUUUGCCUUGUGUUUUCCUUUAAUUUCACUGGUGAAACGGUAGAGGAAGAAUAGAAUUCUACAAAUUUAACAAACUUUUUUUGGAGACCCUGUGAUGCAACAGGCCUUCAGAAUCCAUCUGCAUAAUAACCGAGAUCCGUGUCUUGGGAAGCGCACAGCCUGGCCUUUGGGGAGGAGGGCUGGGUGUGGAUUCUGGACGUGGAGGGGUCGGGUGCCGGGAAAGCAGUAAGAAGGAGUCCGGGGUCGGGCAGUGCUGGGUCUGUUAUGAGAAACGUGUGGGCCGGGCGGGACCUGCCGCUGGGGAGGGGCUUCUUUCUGCUGCAGUGCGCCUGUUCCAGAGUUCACAGCCUCACUUCCACUCUGGUAGGAUUCUGUGUGUGGAAGUGAGUCGUGACCGGCGCCGCGGCUCACUGGGCCAGUCCUCGCUUGCAGCGCCGGCACACCAGGUUCUAGGCCCGGUCGGGGCGCCGGAUUCUGUCCCGGUUGCUCCUCUUCCAGGCCAGCCCUCUGCUGUGGGCCGGGAGUGCAGUGGAGGAUGGCCCAAGUGCUUGGGCCCUGCACCCCAUGGGAGACCAGGAGGAAGCACCUGGCUCCUGGCUCCUGCCAUCGGAUCAGCGCAGCGCACUGGCCGUAGCGGCCAUUUGGGGAGUGAACCAACAGAAGGAAGACCUUUCUCUCUGUCUCUCUCUCUUUCACUGUUUAACUCUGCCUGUCAAAAAAAUAAAAUAAAAAAGUGAGUCUUUUUUUAAGGAUUUGUUUUCAUUUACUUGAUAGGCAUAUCUGAGAGAGCAAGAGACAGAGACAGAGAAAGGGAUUUUCCAUCCACUGGUUCACUUCCUUAAAUGGUUGCAAUGAACAGGGCUGGGCAAGGCUGAAGCCAGGAGCCAGGAACCCAUCCGGGUCUCCCAAGUGAGUGGCAGGGGCUCAUCUGCAGCUCUCCCAGGCACACUGGUGGGGAGCUGGAUCAGAAGCGUAGCAGUCAGGACUCGAACCAGUGCUUCUGGAUACUGGAUGCUGGUGUUGCAGCUGGCAGCUUAACCUGCUGAGCUACAGCACUGGCCCCACAGAAUAAACAAACAAGAAAAGCAGGCGGUGUUACGACCCUCACAAUGAGAGGGGAGAGCUCCCUGCAGGAGCGUGAGGGUGCCAGAGGCGGCAGGGCUGGCAUUUGCACCCCGUCCAAGGCCAGGGUCAUUUCAGCCGGCUGCAGUGCCCCUCCGCGUGGGGAAGGUGGUGGAGAUGAGAUGGUACGCAGCUGUGCCGUGUGUCCCUCUGCAUGGGGGAGGCCGUGGGGACGAGACGGCACGCAGCUGUGCCAGGUGCCCCUCCGCGUGGGGAAGGCCGUGGGGAUGAAGUGGCACGCAGCUGUGCUGUGUGUCCCUCUGUGUGGGGGAGGCCAUGGGGAUGAGAUGGCAUGCAGCUGUGUCAUGUGUCCCUCCGCGUGGGGAAGGUCGUGGGGACGAAACCGCACGCAGCUGUGCCGUGUGUCUCACACCAUCUGCUUUACCUUUGCUCUUUCUGGUUUGUGCUUUCCCCCGUUAGCUUCUUCUGGUUGAGGAGCCUGCAGACUUAAAAAAAUAAUGAACCCCACGGAUCUCACAGACACCACCGUGGACGAGAGCAUUUAUAGCAAUUACUAUGCGUACGAGAGUAUGCCCAAGCCUUGCACCAAAGAGGGCAUCAAGGCUUUCGGGAAGCUCUUCCUGCCCCCCCUGUACUCCUUGGUCUUCCUCUUUGGCCUGCUGGGGAACUCCGUGGUGGUCCUGGUGCUGUUCAAGUACAAGCGGCUCAGGUCCAUGACCGACGUGUACCUGCUCAACCUUGCCGUCUCCGACCUGCUCUUCGUGCUCUCCCUCCCGUUCUGGGGCUACUACGCCGCGGACCAGUGGGUGUUCGGGCUGGGGCUGUGCAAGUUCGUGUCCUGGAUGUACCUGGUGGGCUUCUACAGCGGCAUCUUCUUCAUCAUGCUCAUGAGCAUCGACAGGUACCUGGCCAUCGUGCACGCCGUGUUCUCCUUGCGAGCCAGGACCUUGACCUACGGGGUCAUCACCAGCUUGGCUACCUGGUCAGUGGCCAUCUUCGCCUCCCUUCCCGGCCUCCUGUUCAGCACCUGCUACACCGAGCGCAACCACACCUACUGCAGGGCCAGGUUCUCGGUGAACUCCACCACGUGGAAGGUGCUGAGCUCCCUGGAGACCAACAUCCUGGGGCUGGUGGUGCCGCUGGCUGUCAUGCUGUUCUGCUACUCCACGAUCGUCAGGGCCUUGCAGCGCUGCAAGAGCGAGAAGAGGAGCAAGGCCGUGAAGAUGGUCUUCGCCGUGGUGGUCCUCUUCCUGGGCUUCUGGGCGCCCUACAACGUGGUGCUCUUCCUGGAGACGCUGGUGGAGCUGGAGCUGCUUCAGGACUGCACCUUCGAGAGGCAGCUGGACUACGCCGUCCAGGCCACAGAGACGCUGGCCUUCGUCCACUGCUGCCUGAACCCCGUCAUCUACUUCUUCCUGGGGGAGAAGUUUCGCAAGUACAUCGUGCAGCUCUUCAAGACCUGCCGCGGCCCCCUGGCGCUCUGCCAGCCCUGCGGGGUCCUGCAGCUGUACCCCGCCGACACCCCGAGCUCCUCGCACACGCAGUCCACCGUGGACCACGACCUCUACGACGCGCUGUAGGGCGGCCCUCCGCCAGAGCUUCCCCAAGGUGGUCUGCAGCAGGGUCAGGAGAAGCCUGUCCCAGGGGUCACCCCACACCAGGCUGGUCUGCAGGAGGACGUCCCAGAGCCCAGAGUGCGUUCAGUGAGGGCGCAAGGAAAAGAACUGUCCCCCCCAGCCUGGGCUGACGGCUCCCUGGAGGGAUCUGCAGGAGCCGAGCACUAUUUCCUGUUAUGCAAAAAGGGGGGGCCCUAAAUUCCCAGCUCUUAUGGAACGACAUAGAAAACCUUGACAUGCUAAUAAUAAAUCUGAGGCACGGUGUAGCCCGUGAACCCAGGUACACGUGGAAGCAAUUAGUGCCGUGACAAACCUGUUUGACUGUUAUUGUAAAGGACUGUUUGCUCCUGGAAGCCUAACGUUUGGCAUUUACAGGUGUAAAGAGAUGAGGGCAUCUGCAGGGCCUGAUGGCCAAACAGAGAGCGAAGACACUCACGAUGCAGACGCUCCUGGCAGCCCAGAGCCUGUUGGCCGUGGACACGUUUAGAUUGAAUUAUCACAGGCGAUUAUUCAGAUUUUACAGAUACUACUUAUAGGCCCAGAAUGCAUUUAUCUGGGGCCUUUUGCUUGUUUAUAAAUACUGCCUUCAAAAUUAAAAAUAAAGGAGAUUAAU